CUGAGAAACAGCAACUACUGGGGAAAGAGACGGCCCACUGAGCACCAUCCGGAAUCCCGACCACAGCUGCUCUGUCCCGGCGCCAUGAACCGCACUUUCCAGACUUUCAUCAGUGGCACCCGCACCGGUGUCCCCCCGACCUAUGAAAUGCUCAAGGAGGAGCAUGGGGUGUCCGUGCUGGGGGAGCCCCAGAGCUCAGCUCCCCUGACGACCACUGUGAUCAACAUCCCCACCGAGAUCUCUGUGCCCGACCACGUCGUCUGGUCCCUGUUCAACACCAUCUUCAUGAACUGGUGCUGCCUGGGCUUCGUGGCAUAUGCCUACUCCGUGAAGUCUAGGGACCGGAAGAUGGUGGGCGACAUGACUGGGGCCCAGAGCUAUGCGUCCACUGCCAAGUGCCUGAACAUCUGGGCCCUAGUCUUGGGCAUCAUUCUGAACAUUGGCUUCAUCGUGGGAGUUGUCUGCAUGAUAAUUUUCCUACAAGUUUAAAGUCCAUGCAGGAGGGCAGAGGCUACUUCUAGCUGCCCAUGGCCGUGGCCCCAUCCCCACCAUCCCUGCUGGCCUCGCAUCCUGGGGCUGUUGGCCCUGUCCCUUUACCCCCACCCCUUUCUACAGCAGUUUGCACAGACAGACCUGUCUACACCUGUACUCAAUAAAGCUCAACUUUAUGUGACA